AUGCCAGUAAGAGAUGGAGCGAUACCGGACCCUGCUCAGUAUGAUAUUCACCCAAUAACUGGGUUUUUGCCAUCUGGUCCAAAUCCAAUCUCUCGCCUUCCCGCUUACUUUGAACCUUGGGAAGUCAUCUUGGAUCGGCUGUCUGCUCUCCUUCUAGCUGGAAGACUGAGGGAAUCUGUCAAGAAGCUCCCGAUACUAGAUGCAAAGCAAUUAGAUCAUCAUAGAGAGUGGCAGAGAGCAUAUGUCGUCUUGGCUUUUAUUGGUCAAGCUUAUAUCUGGGGAAAGAAUGAGGAGGCUGAAGACAUACUUCCAGAAUCUGUCGCUGUGCCAUACGUCAUGGUGUGUAAUCGACUAGGCUUGAAGCCAGUCCUGUCAUACGCUGCUGUCGUGCUAUAUAAUCACUAUCUCAUUGAUCCUGAAGGACCAUUGGAUCUGAGCAACUUUGGUGUAAUGCAUACCUUCUCAGGUGGUAUGGACGAAGCAUGGUUUUACCUAGUUAGUAUAGCCAUAGAAGCUGCUGGUGCUCCAGCUAUACCCGCAAUGAUCAACGCCAUGCAUGCAGUCGUAAACAGGAACAUCCCAGCUCUAGAAACCAACCUAUUGAUUAUCGCUCAAGCUAUUGAACGAAUCAAUGAAACUCUAGUGGCAAUGUACGAGAAGAACGAUCCCCACAUCUUCUUCCAUCGAGUACGACCCUAUGUUGCUGGAUGGGAACAUACUCCUGAAAUGCCACUUGGACUGUUUUAUGAAGGUGUUGUGGUCGAUUUUGAAGAAAAGGAUGGUUUUAUGAGCAGUGGAGGGGUUACUGGUACGGCUAGUCAGAAUGGAUCUAGGCCUGGAUCACCACUACCAACCAAACAAUCACCUGUAUUAUACAACAAUAUGACGAAUGGAACGUUUAAAUUCCCUGGAGGACACAUCCAUAGUAGUAAACACCGUAAACUACCAAACCCAUUAGACGAAGUUCCACAACACGAAGACCACGGUGUUGUAGGAUGGGUCAAAGCCGACCCACCAUCACCAGGUAAAAUAGGGACAUGGGGCAAAUGGGCUGGGGCAAGUGCAGGUCAAUCAUCCUUACUUCAUGCUCUGGAUGUAGCACUUGGUAUUGAUCACUACCCAACACGACCUGUAACUGCUUCCGAGACAAAUCAACACGAUCCUGGAGUCAUACCACCUAGAAACACACCGGGACAUUUACCACCUUCUUCCUCAUUGUCGAAUCUCUUAAAUAAUAGUAAUAAUAGUUUAAUUAAUGGACAUCACCCUCAUGGUAGUAGUAACGGUACCAGCAACCAUACCUCACCAAUAACCCCAUCACCAGGCAGCGCCAUAAACCACAUCCACGAAAUGAGAAAGUACAUGCCAGGAGCCCACCGUGAUUUUAUCUAUGCACUAGGUCGAGCACCAUCCAUCCGCUCCUUUAUCCAAGAACUAGGAGCAUACACUUCCCUCGGAAUGGAAGCUGAACGAUUAUUCAACCGAUGUGUCGAGGGACUCCGUAUAUUCCGAGACAUGCAUUUCAAGAUUGUGACGGUGUAUAUCAUCAUUCAGGCGUCCAAGAAGAAGGAGGCUGGAGUUGGAAGUCGACCGAAUCCCGCCAAAGGUGGUGCUAGUAGUGGGAGUGCCGGUGGAAGUAAUAGUGGAGUUGUAUCUGAUAAUGCUAGUCUCAGAGUACGACAGACGCUUAUUGCGAGGGGUACGGGAGGGACGGAUUUGGCACCGUUCUUGAGACAGAGUCGGACGGAGACUGCUCAGGCCAGGCUUGGGGCUGGGUGA